AUGAAAGUCGUAAUCGUUUCUACCGUACUUGUCGCCCUUGCCAGCCUUAUGCGUGCUCGUCUACCACGACUACUGUGCCUAGCGGUUUCCCUCCGGGAUGUGGUUGCGGAUGUCCAUAAUAUUACCUCUGGCCAGGUACCCCAUCAUUAUCGCUCGGAUCGUCCUCCUCACGUAGGCUUCAAUCCCCGACGGAAUCUACGAUAA